CAAUUGAACGAGUAGCGCUUGGACAGGGUACAAAGUGACACAUUAGGUACCAGUAGGCAGCGGGCUAGCAAGCAUCGCGCUUCUCGGGCAGGGCCAGCUAGGGCUUGAUGGCUUCGCUGGGCGCGUCCGUGCUCGCCGAGGCUCCAGCGACAGACCUGCUGGCUUUGCCGUUGGAGAUUUUACAGCGUAUCCUCGUCGAGGCGGGCUCGGAUGGAUUUGGAGGUUAUUCUGCCUGUUCGGCCACGCGCGCGGCCUGGGCAGCGGCAAUGCGCAUUCCUUACUUCGUGGCCCGCUACCUGCUUGCCCGGUACGGCCCCAAGGCGGCGCCUCUGCGAACCUACGCCUGUCGCGGCUUGCUGAAGCACGUGCUGGGCACCGGCCAGCCCGCAGCGCCACCCGCGCUCCGCUGUCCUGUCACCUCCGGCGCCUCCUCCACCACCGUGACGGUCGCAGCGGUGGCGGCGGCCGAUGCCGGCGGCGCCACCAUUGUGGCUAUCCUGUCCUGCCUUGCUACAGCCGGUGCGGUGCUGCAGCCGCAGGACUAUGACAGCGUCCUGGCGCACGCCUCCGCCGCCGGCCACUUAGCGGUGGUGCGCUUGCUGACGGCGGCGCCGCCGCCUCCGGCAGCACCCGCAACGGCGACGGCGCCGCUGACGGCAACAGCGGCGGCAGCAGCGCAGGCAGGCCCAGCGCCAGCGGGGUCUCAUGUGAGCGCCGGCGACAGCGCCAGUGUCACAGGCGGCAGCAGCAGCGGCCAUGGGGUUACACGCGGUGAGGCAGCAGUGCUGGCGCAGGCUGGACCGCUGCGGCUCGGCUGGGGGCUCAGCAGCAACAACAGUAGCAACAACACCGGGGCCGGCCGCGGUAGCAGUAGCAAUAGCAGUAGCAGCUACUGCCGUGCUGCACUGCUCGGUGACGUCGGCGGCGGCGCAGCUGUCACGGAGCGCGUGGUGCGGGCGGCGGCGGCGCAGGGGCGUCUGGAGGUGGUGAAGGAGCUGCUGCGGGCGGCGGGAGCCGCCGCCGCCGCCGAAGCCGCGAAGCUGAACGACCUGUCCAUUAUUGGGUUGGGCGGAGGCGAGUUGCGCACGUUGUCGCUGCUGCGCCUUUCCGGAGGAGCAGCAGCCGCAUCUGAGUCGCCUGCGACCGCUGAGGCUGCGGCGGCGGAGGCGUCGGCGUCGGCGGCGGAGGCGGCGAGAGUCUCGCGGCUGGCAACGGCGGCGCUGGGCAGCGCAGCCACCUACGGGCACACGGACGUGCUUGCGGAGCUGCUGAUAGCGGGGGCCAACCCGCGCGCGGACUCCAGCGCCGCCCUGCGCUCAGCGGCCAUGUGGGGCAACCGCGAUGCCGUGGCGCUGCUGCUGUCGGCGGGCGCGGACGCCGCGGCGCUGGGCAGCGCGCCGCUGCUGGCGGCCGCCAAGUUCGGCUUCCCGGAGGUGGUGGCGCAGCUGCUCGCGGCCGGUGCCGACCCGGGCGCGCGCGACAACGUGGCUGUGUGCGUGGCCAGUCAGUUCGGGCACGAGGCAGUGGUGCGGCUGCUGCUGUCCGCCGGCGCCGACCCGCGCGCGCGCGACAGCCUGGCCCUGUGCCUGGCGGCCUGGAAGGGGCACGCGCCCGUGGCGGCGCUGCUGCUCACCGCCGGCGCCUCGCCCACCGCGCGCGAGGGCGCCGCGCUGCUGCUGGCAGCCCAAGAGGGCCACGCCGGAGUGGUGGCGCUGCUGCUGGCGGCGGCGCCCUUCCGGCCGAGGGUGAAGCGCGCGGCGCUGGGCCUGGCGGUGCGGCGGCGGCACCGCCGCGCAGCGGCGGCGCUGGCGGCGGCGGGGGCGUACCUGGGGUGGCGCUACGUGCCGCCGCUGCUGCCGCUGGGCGCGUUUGGGGGCUGGGCGCUGCAAAUGGCGCUGGGGGCGGUGGGGGCGGCGGCGCCCAUGGUUGUGUUCCUGCGGGUGGGCUGGCGGCUGGGGCACGCCGCAGCCACCGCGUCGGCGGCGGCGGGCGGGGGCGGGGGCGGGGGCGGGGGCGGGGGCGGGGGCGGGGCUGGAGGAGGGGUUGGAGGAGGGUUGGGAGGAGGGGGUGCGGACGGCGGCCUGGGAGGAGCGGCGGCCUCAGCGGCGGCGGCCGCGGCGGCCGCGGCGGCUGCAGGCGCUGCUGGCGGUGGCGAGGUGGCUCGGGGAGGAGGGGGAGUGGCGGGGCUGUGGAGGUGGGGCCCGGCUCGCCUUGGUGACAGCGGCAGCGCCCGCGGCAGCUCUGGAGGUGGCAGUCCCUCGCAGUCAGCGGCUGCGGGCCCUGGCCCUGCAGCGGCAUCUGCCGGCUGUGCUGCCGCCCCUGCAGCAGCAGCUGCCCGCGGCGGCAGCGCCGGGGCAGCAGCCCUGGGUGAGCUGCUGGUAGCAGCAGCCGCCUCCACCACACCUGCCAGCACCGGCAGUUGUAGCAGCGGCCAUGGCAGUACAUUCGGCGCCCGUGGCAGCGGCACCGCCAGUGGCAGUAGCGGAACCGCUGGAAGUGGCGGCGGCGGCAUGCGGCCGCGCGGCGGCGAGCCGGCGGAGCUGGUGGACCUGACGUCGGCAGUGGUGGCGCUGGUGGGCGCGGUGGCCAGCCUGCUCAAGCUGAUGGAGAUGAUGGGGGACUGAGAGUGCGGGCGGGCGGCGGGCUGAGGGCGGCAAACUGUGAGGGCGGACGGAUGGUGGGAUGUAUGGAGGGUGGGAUGGAGGGCGGGAUGGAGGGCGGGACGGAGGGCGGGCGGAGGGCCCCUCACUUCGUCACCGUCUGCCUGUGAGCACCAAAUGCGAAUUGGUGAAGGUGGAUGGGCUCCAUGCGGCGACGGGCCGUAAUUCAGGUGGCGCCAGCAAAUGUGGCUAGGCGCGCCGAGUGCAUGACUCCAGGGUUUCCACUGUGUACCUUUGCGUCCUGUGUAUCUUUGGGCACCGUUCAAACGCCUGCUCUGAAUGGCGUGAAGAAACACAGUACUGUACUACAUACCGAAGGCAAGGCGUUGUGUGUUGUGGGUCCAUGCAUGUUGCUGGAAGAACAUAAAAGCAUCGCCGUGACGGAAUACAGGUUGCAUGGCGCACCGACGGCGGAUGAGUGUCGCACUGCGCAUUGAUCAAAGGUUGUGUUCUUGUUUAUUUUGCUGCAGCCACUGACGGCCGCACGCUUGCCUCUGCAAUUCACGGCGGCUCCUGGUCCACUACUAAGCACUGGGGCCCAACGUGGUGGGGUUGCGGAGCGAGGCGAGGGACGGCCACGUGUGUGCGCGUGGCUGGUGUGCAAUGCGAGGGAUCCCUCGCUCGUCCGGACGCCUGUGCGGUCGUGUCAUGUACUCUCUCGGGCUGUUGGUGACGGCAUGGUUUUGUGCUUGCCGUAUGACGCUGAUUCCCCGCCUCCCUCGCCGUGAGAGGUUGUGCGUGGUUGGUGGCUUUGUGUGUGGGCAGGAUGCACGCGUGGGCGACCGUUCUAGUACCUGGACGCUUGCGCCCUGGUUAGUGCGUGCGCUGUGCGUGUGUCCUGCGGCCAAGACGUUUCCCGGCACUUCUGUGCCUAGGCUUGUGACGUUGAGGCACAGCGGUGGGGCUCUGGCGGGUUGAGGCUUGGCUAGGACUCACUGUGCGCGGAGUCACACGGACUUUGCCCGCGGGAGGGUUUGCAGCAAAGUCGGGGUUGGUGGAGUCAAGUUGGGCCCUGAUAGCAUGUGAUGGCUUGGCGUCUUCGGGUGCUGGGACUGUCCCCUCUGUAACAUCCGCAUUCAUGUACUCAUACAUGCAUGUGUGCACAAGUAUUAGCACGUGUGUGUGUGUGUGUGUGUGUGUUGUGUGUGCCUACGUGCGUCCAUGUCCGUGUCCCACACGCCCGCAAGCAUCCGCACGCCGCUAUGGCACACGCAUGGCACAUACUUCAAGUGUCGGAUUGUGAGCGAGGCAUCGUCGGAAAAAGGGAGGCUUGGGUAGAACGGUUGGCGGGGACAGGCUCGGGGCUUAAAGUGCAUCAGAUAACUUUUCAUGCAUCAUGUAUACGCCACAUGGAAUAAUGCGCUGCGUUGGCGUGGCUGUACGUAGAUAGAUAGCAUAUUCCUGUACACGUUUGAUGUAAGAAGAAAUCCUAUAUCUAUAUGCCCAUGAUCGUCCGCCUAUGGGCUCAUGGCAUUGGCUGUACCAUCCAAUACCGUAUGCGCGAGCAGGUGUACAAAAAAACAACCAAACAACAGCUACCAUACUCUGUGCGUGUGUGUGCGCGUGCCGCUCACUUUCUCUCGUGCCGCCAUAUGUACGUACGUACGUGAUGAUAGAUGGUGAUCAUGAUGGCAUGAUGGAGAUGAAGGCAACGCAUGUGUGUGUAAACGUGCGUGUUCGUGUAACCACGGUUUCCA